CCUCAGACUCAACAGUGCCCACCUGUGCCUGCCAGGGCCCAUCGCCACCACAGCCCCUCUGGGGCACACAGGUAGAGACUACUACUGUGCUCAGCUGUGGCACCAGAUCCUGGAGCUCCUGGCCGGGGGUAAGGUCCCUCCAAGAUGGCUCGACCCUGGCUGCCCUGCCUCCUGCUUCCUGCUCUCAUGAUGUCUGUAGCAGCCAAUCGUCCCCCGAAGUUUCUGCCCAACAUGACGAGUGUGAUCCUGCCAGAGGACCUACCAGUGGGUUCUGAGGCCUUCUGGUUGGCAGUUGAAGACCCAGAAAAUGGCCCUCUGACCUACAACAUCGCUGGCACCAAUGCCUAUUUCUUCUCUGUCAGCCAAACCACCGGGCAAGUGAAGCUGGCAAGCGCUCUGGACUUCGAGACACUCAAAUUCUUCAGGAUCAGCAUCUCCGUGACUGAUGGUCACAACAAGGACCAGAAGGAAAUGGUUGUGGUGAUAGAAGACAGAAAUGACAACGCACCCGUUUUCCAGGACCCUGUACUCUCCAUCAGCAUCAAUGAGACCCUUCCAGUCGGCUCCGUGGUGUUCUCUGUGCUGGCUACAGACCCAGACACGGGCUCAGCGGGUGUGGUGAAGUACUACAUAGAGAAGGUCAUCCCUAGUACCCUGGACAGCAAGCAUCUCUUCAAGAUCCUGGAAAACGGCUCCGUUGUCCUCAAUGACAGCCUCAGCUACAAUAACAAGAGUGCCUUCUACCAGCUGGAGCUGAAGGCCUGCGACUCAGGUGGCCUGUUCAACAACACCAACGUCACACAGUGCUCCCAGCCCAUCUUUCCGUUCAUCUCAGUGAUUGACCAGCCAGACCUGGACCCCCAGUUUGUCAGGGAGUUUUACUCGGCCUCUGUGUCCGAGGAUGCACCCGUGAACACCUCGGUGCUGAUGGUGCAGGCUGUGGAUGGAGACAGAGGCAUCAAUGACGUGUUGACCUACAGCAUCUCCAACUCCACGAGGCCUGGCUGGUUUGCUGUCGGGGAUGAUGGUGUCAUCAGGGUCAGCAGCCCUCUGGACCGUGAGCAGCUCCGGGAGGAGAAUGAGGAAGUGCAGUUUCAGGUCACGGCCACUGAGAUGAACCUCAAUAUCUACGGGCAAGAGGCCAAGGUUAGCACAUGGGUCACACUAACAGUGUUGGAUGUCAAUGACCACAAACCGGAGUUUUACAACUGCGUCCUCGAAGACUGCUCCUUCACCCCACAAGAGGCCCAGGACACUUUCACUGCCUAUGUGGACGAGCAUGUCUCCGCCCGCAUCCCAAUUGACAAUCUCACCAUGGUGGCCUACGACCCAGACAAGGGCAACAACGGCACCUUCCUGCUGUCCCUGGGGGGCCCCGAUGCUGGAGCCUUCAGCGUGUCCCCUGGACGGGCAGCAGGCUCAGCCGACGUGCAGGUGCUGGUGAGAAAUUCAGAGAUGGUGGACUAUGAGAACAAGAACGUGAUGCUGGUGCAGGUUGUGGCCACUGACUCAGUCAGCAAGAAAUCCUCCAUUGCCACGGUGACCAUCCAUCUCACAGACAUCAAUGACCACAGGCCCACCUUCCCUGAGAGGUCAUACAACCUCAGCCUGCUGGAGGACAGUGCCACAGGCACUGUGGUCACCAGCAGCAUUCAUGCUGAAGACCCAGACACGGGUGAAUGGGGCCGCAUCACCUACAGCCUGCUCUUAGGGAAUGGGGCAGAGGUCUUUGAGGUGGAUCCGACCUCAGGGACAGUGACAGUGAAAGAUGGCAUGCUGCUGGACCGGGAGAAGCAGGCUGUGUACUACCUCACGCUGCAGGCCACGGAUGGCGGGGGCCUGUCCGACACCACCAUGCUGCAGAUCUAUCUGCUGGACGUGAACGACAACGCCCCUGUGGUCUAUGGCUCCUACAACAUCUUUGUCCAGGAGGAGAAGGGCAAUGUCUCCGUGAUUAUCGAGGCCUAUGACAACGAUGAGCGAGACACCAACAACAGCCGCCUAGUCUUCAGCCUGCUCCCCGGGCCCUACAGCCAGAACUUCUCAGUGGACCCCAACACAGGGCUCCUGAGGAACGUGGGGCCGCUGGACCGAGAGGCCAUUGACCUGGCCCUGGAGGGCCGCAUCGUGCUGACCGUGCGCGUGUCUGACUGCGGCGUGCCUCCCCUCAGCACUGAAGUCAAUGUCACCAUCACUGUGGAGGACAUAAAUGACAACCUGGCUGUCUUCACCCAGUCCACCUACCAGUUCUCGGUGAAGGAGCAGGAUCCAGGAGCACUUGUGGGCAUAGUGGAAGCCCGGGAUGCAGACCAGACAGAAGCCAACAAUCGCAUCAGCUUCGUCCUGUCAGGGACUGGUGCCAACAACUUCAUGCUCCGAGGUGUGGUGCUGGAGUUUGGGGUGGCUCAGGGCCAGCUCUGGCUGCCCUCAGAUGUAAGUCUGGACUACGAGGUCCAGGACUUCUUCCAACUGGUGGUGAAUGCUGAGAACCCAGGUCCCCAGGAACUCGAGGCCACUGCAGGAGUCAAUGUGACUGUGGUGGACGUGAAUGAUGAGCCGCCCACCCUGGAUGAAGCCUCACUGCAGGGCAUCUCUGUGGCUGAGAAUGGCACCCAGCAUGGCGAGGUGGCUAAGGUGGUUGCCCAUGACGUGGACAGUGGGUCCAAGCUGGAGAUACAGCUUGUGAAUGUCAUCUGCACCAAGGCCGGGGCUGACGUAGGCAGUCUGUGCCAAGGCUGGUUCUCGGUGGCAGCCAAUGGCUCUGUGUACAUCAAUCAGAGUGAGGCCAUAGACUACGAGGCUUGUGACCUGGUCACACUGGUAGUGCGGGCCUACGACCUCAACACGGAUCCCCGCUUCCAGGCCUACAGCAAAAAUGGAAAUCUCCCCAUCACCAUCGAGGAUGUGAAUGACAACGCACCCUAUUUUCUACCAGAUGAUAGGACUUUUGUGAUCAUCCCGGAACUCGUGCUACCCAACCAGCAGGUGGCUUCUGUUCGGGCUAGAGAUGCUGACUCAGGGAGGAAUGGGGAGAUCCAGUUCUCCAUUGUCCAAACGGAUUUCAUCACUAAGGAUGGAACUAAGACCCCUUUCCAGGGCUUCCAGAUCACCAAGUCCUCGGAAGCCGGCGUGUUCAUUGGCAGCAUCCUACUGGUGACCAACCUGGAUCCCACCAUCCAAGGCACUUACCAGGUGACAGUCAAGGCCCAGGACAUGCCUUCAGUGGGUCCUCCACUGGAAGCCACAAUCUCCCUGAAUCUCUUCACAGUGGAUGAGGGUUACCGCGUGAGGCUGCAGUUCUCCACAGACAAGGUGGACGUGGGCACCAGCGUGGAAGAGAUUAAGGCGGCCCUGACCCAGGCGACCAAGACUUCUGUCUACGUUGUGAACAUUCAGGACCUAGACUCCUCAGCCAGGGUCCAAGCCCGCUCCUACCUUGACGCCUACUUUGUCUUCUCCAAUGGGACGGCUCUGACACUGAAUGAGCUGAGCUUGAUGAUCCGGGCAGACCAAGGAGCACUCACGCAGCUGCUGCAGCUGGGGCUGGUGAUGCUGGGCUCCCAGGGGAAUCAAGAGUCCGACCAGCCAAAACUGCUCACCGGUGUCAUCAUAGGAUUGGCAGGGGUUUUGCUGCUGGUCCUUGUGGUCAUGGUCCUGUCCAUUGUGUGUAUGCGGAAGAGCUACCACAGGAAGAUUCGGGCUAUGAAGGCCAGCAGGGAGGCUCAGAACACUGCGGCGGGGAUAGUGUCUUCAGCCCCUGCCAUUCCUGGGACUAACAUGUACAACACUGAGCGGGCCAAUCCCGUGCUGAACCUCCUCACCAAUGACUUGGAGUACCUUGAUUCCUCCAAUGAAAUGGACUUGGACUAUGUCAGUAUCAAUUCCCUGGACGACAACUCUGUGGACCUGAAUAAGAACAACCGAGAAACCAAGCAGCAGUCUCCGAGCAGCACACCAGAACCACACGCAGAGCCUGAGCCCCUGAAGGAGGUGCUGUCAGGAAGAAAAGCAGGUCUCACGGGACAGCAUGGGCAGAGCUACUCCUUCACCAACCCUGGCCUGGACACCUCACACCUGUGACGGAGGCCCCCACCCAAAAACCACACCCAUUCUUCUCAGGAUAUAAUAAUAUAUAAUAUUGCUUUGC